AACAAUCCGAAAAAAGAAAAAGAGUCAACCUUUUCUCGUCAAGUUCUUAUCUGAUCGGUUUCCCACCUCGUAAAUCUAGUCGUAAACCUAAAAAAUUUACAUGUUUUAUCAAUAGAAUCAAAAGAAUGGAAUCGUCAUCGUCUCAACAGCAGCUAAUCACGCCGGAGGACGUAUUGGAAUCGUUGAUGAACGACGGAACCAUCGACGCCAUCCGGUUGAAAAUCAUCACUCAGCUCAAAGCCAAUGAAGAAUUGAAGAAUACGACAGUGAAAAUGGUGGAGCAGAGUAAAGUUUUGAAUACUCCAGGGGCAGAGAAGCAGACAAAAAGAGAGCUUUUUGAUGCCCUUCGACAAGAACUUGAAACGUCAGUGCUUGAGAAAGCCUCCAAGUCAGUGUGGGAGCUGAUUUUGGAUAACAACGGCAUAGGAAAGGAAUUAAGUCAAACAGUUGAAAAAGUUUUCUGUCGAUUGAGUGGCAGAGAACCUCCAUUAUUUCCUGCUAGUGUUGAACUUGAACCAGAGAAAGGGAAAGAGAAAGAGACUGAAGAAAAUGGAGGAAAGGAACAGGAAAACGUCAUGGAUAAUUCGGAUUCUUCAACAAAGAAGAGGAAAUUUGAUGAAAUAGGCUCAGAAGAGGGAACAGAUGAAGUUGCUAGCAGAUAAAAUGCUGCUGCACCAGCCUCUUUGGAUGAUUCUAGUAGAGUACCUCCUCCAAGUGCAAAAUCGUGAACCUUCAUCAGCAGCUGCCAGGUUAUGAGGACAAGAUAGUCUUCUUAAUCAUCUGACUUUCCCUUUCCUCUGACCUAGUCCUUUUUCAGAUUUGCUGUAUGCCGCCCAUUUAGAGAGAAAUUCAUAGUGCUUUCCCAGAAAAGAAGGGCAUUACAUAUCAGUAUUUCAAGCAUUAAUUUGGUUUCUUGGAGUGGUAUGCAGAAGACCUCUUUGUUGUAUGUCCUGAACUAGUUAGGAUGAAAGGUAGAGCCAGGGACUGUAAAUACUCAAGGGAGUCAGAUUUCUAAGAUUUAUUUUUUCGGUUUCCAUGUAGCUUCUGAAGUUCAAAGAAUGAGUUUUUCCAUCUCCUGAGGACAACAAUAAUUGCUUCAGCACCCUA